AUGCGAAGUCUACCCUGCGGCGUUCCGUGCUUUUCCGCGAGUCUCUGCCUUGCGACCCCUCUAUUUCCAUUGGGGUUGUCGCGCGUGGCGGAUGCCGACGUGGCGGAACCGGCGCGGUCUCGUGGGCCGGCGUCCCGAGAGUGGCGUGAGGCAGCCUUGGACGGCGAGGCAUCGUUCCGGCAGUUUGAGGCAGCAGCCCUGGACGACGAGGACGCACGCGCCGCGCGGUUCCGACAGCUGCGAAUAGCCAACGUGGCGGAUGCCAACGCGGCGGAUGCUAAUGUGGCGGAUGCCAACGUGGUUGAUGCCGACGUGGCAGAGCCAGUCCAGCCCCGGUACCGGUUCCGGUUCCCGUCGUUUGGUGCCAACGUGGUUGGUGGCAACGUGGUUGAUGCCGACGUGGCAGAGCCAGCCCGGCCCCGGUACCGGUUCCGGUUCCCGCAGUGGCGCGUGGCCGAGCUGGAUGACGAAGAGGCGGCGCGCUUCCGGAUGCUGGAGCGAGCCACUGCGGCGGUCAUACCGGGUGGACGGCCCGAGUUCUUAGCGGAAGUCACGAACCGCGUGCGAAUUGAACCGGGUCGUGUACACGGGUUCUUCGAUCGGCGUCACUUCGACCUUUUGACCGGCCUGGCUGAGCACGCCGUGAACCAGGCAGGGCUGCUGGGCGAGCUACCCGCCGUCGGUCGGCUAUCAGUUCCUGACCAGUUCGCACUAGCCCGACGUGCCUUCCAGAUCAUCAUGGGCCCCAGCCGGGCCGACUCGGCGUACGGCUCCUGUCCCAGCAUCCAAGACCUUGACCUAGAAGGCGCUGACCAAGAAGGAUUCGAAGAUGAAGGUUUCGAUGAUGCCAUCGACCCGGCCGACCGCCACUACCCGGCCGACCGCCACUAA